UGCUGCGUAUGGAAGGUGAGUUAUGAAAGUGGCGGACUCGGCUUCAGGACAGAGAAAGCCCAGGAAAAAAGGAACACGUGGAAGCGACAUUUGUGUGCUGGUACAUAGUAUUUCUGAAAAGUGAAUCAUUCAACCCAGCAUGAGGAGGAAAAGAAUCCCUUGAGUCCCAUCACCCCUGUAAACUGCUACAGGAGACUGCCAUAAAAUGGUCUCAAAGAUGAGCUACACAGCACUGAAGAAGGAUAUCCAGAAGCGUAUUUCGGCGUUGGAGGCAGCUUCGGGAUGUGAGCGUGGUGAAUCCAGCGGCAGUCAGGGUCCGGCUCAAGCGGUGGAAGAAGAGCCUGCACCUGAGGCUGAACAGGAGGCGGCGGCGGAUGGUGGCCAGGUGGCCAUAGCAGUGGAGCCAGUGCUGCAGGAGGGUGCGGCGCCUGGCCCUUUGAAACGCAGGAUCGUGAUUUGUGGACACAGCAUGGUGUUCUGGGCCGCUCACCAAGCCAGACGGACUCCGAUUGGAUCCCAGCUGGGGCUCAGUGCUGUGGCCACGGUCGAGUGGCUGGGACGGCGUGGCCUUCGGUGGCCUGCCUUGUUGCCACUCCUUUUUAGGGGGCGGAAGGGUCCGCCCCCGCAUAUCUUGGUCUUACACCUGGGCGGUAAUGACCUUGGUUUGGUGCAGGGUAAGGCCCUGUCACUGCAGGCAACUGUGGACCUCCGUGAAAUAAGUCGUCGGUGGCCGGGCGUGCUUAUUUUCUGGUCCGAAAUGUUGCAGCGCCGGGUGUGGCGUGAGGCUUCUGACCCGCGGGCUAUUGAAGGUGCUCGGCGUAAAGCCAACCGGGCCAUGAAAAAACCUUUGGGGGAAGGCCUGGGGAUCUAUUUACCGCACCCUAGGAUUAAGGCCGAAUUUGCCCAUCUCUACCGGGAUGAUGGCGUGCAUUUAUCGCCGGAGGGCAAUGAGAUUUUUCUGGACGACCUACGGCAAGGGCUUAGGUUGGCCUUGAGCCACCUGUGGGGCGUCAGGGCCUAAGCAGAGGCUUGGCCCUGUCGGUGGCAGGAGAUUCUCGGGGAAUAGGGAGCGGGCCGGUGAGCACCCAGUGGCAUUUCCCCCAUACGUGGGGGAACAGGGUCUGCCAGCAGUGCGGUAUGCUUGUGACGGCUACCAGUGCACAGGCAGACGCCUGCGGGGAUCCCCAGGAACAAGUCCUUCCCUCAUGCUGUACGGCUGGGGCGAUUGGAGCUUGAUGGGGGGAUCCAUUAGCCUGGCUGGCCGGGUUGCAGCCAUUCUAUGAAUGGCCUACACUCGGGGCUUUGGGGCUCGCCCAGACAGGCCAAGGCGGUGGUCAGGUGUGACCCCGUGGCUUGACCUGUACCGCAUAGUUGGCCCUUGCCGUAGUUACAGUUAUUAUAUGUUGUAGUUUAAUUAAUAAACGGCCAUUUAUCUCCAAGCCUGUGUCUGUUUCUUUUUACGGCUAAGCUUGCAAUUUGGCACUCCCGGCUGCAGCAACGCUGCUUAGCCGGGGGCCAUGUUUUGCAGGCUUGCCCGGGAAAGAGACAGACUCCCUUCCCGGGCAUACGGGUACUUGGCCGGGGGCGGAGCCUGAGCCUUAGAAGGCGGCUCCGCUCUCCCGGCCUCCCAGUUGCUGGUUUCGCUCGGCCCACCCACCUCACCCUGUUGUAGUGCAGGAUUAGCCGGCUGCUGUUACCAGAGCCAGGUAGGAAUUUUUUGCCCCUGUUUCCGUAUUGGCUGUUGGUGCGGGGGUUUUUUCGCCUACCUUGCACUGCUGGCAGAGGUGAUGGUUUUUGGCCGGGGUGGUGCCGUUUAGGUUUCCCUGGCAGGAGAUUCUCGGGGAAUAGGGAGCGGGCCGGUGAGCACCCAGUGGCAUUUCCCCCAUACGUGGGGGAACAGGGUCUGCCAGCAGUGCGGUAUGCUUGUGACGGCUACCAGUGCACAGGCAGACGCCUGCGGGGAUCCCCAGGAACAAGUCCUUCCCUCAUGCUGUACGGCUGGGGCGAUUGGAGCUUGAUGGGGGGAUCCAUUAGCCUGGCUGGCCGGGUUGCAGCCAUUCUAUGAAUGGCCUACACUCGGGGCUUUGGGGCUCGCCCAGACAGGCCAAGGCGGUGGUCAGGUGUGACCCCGUGGCUUGACCUGUACCGCAUAGUUGGCCCUUGCCGUAGUUACAGUUAUUAUAUGUUGUAGUUUAAUUAAUA